AUUUAGUCACCUUCAAAACCAAAGGAUAUUGGUUUCCAAAUUCAUCUUGAGAAGGAAAAUCCAUCGCAAAGUGUUUUGCGAUUUUGACGUCUAGGUAAUGAAGAGAAGAGAGGUUGCAGUGACAAAUAGCCUCUGUGAAUGGAAUUCCUUCGGAGGUGCAGUUGAUUCUGAAUUUUCCAUCAGCAUGUCUUACUAACUGUCCUGCAAGAGGAUAAUAGUAAAAGAGAGCCUUGGAAUUCCUUCGGAGGGUCAAGUUUGGUAGUGUUAAGGGAAUUGCGGCUUGCGAGAAGAAAUUGUUCUCAGAAACACUCUCAAUGGUAGACAGUGAAAGAAUUGUGGUGGGAGUGGGCUUUGAAGGUUUGAUGAAUAUAACAUCUUUGUUUUCAACAGUGAGGUAACAUUCUCGUAUGCCAUGGUAUUGAGAUAACAUAUUAACAGUGGACAGAAAUGUGAGUUUCCCUUCUUAGCAAUCACCUCUAAGAUCUAACUCCUUUUUCUCUCACUUUCUCACUCAGACGCACCAAGCAACACAAGAGAGGAAGAGUUCCUUCUCAUGCAAUUCUAUCUUUAUAGGUAAAUACAUAUAACUUGUCUAAAUUACGAAAAAGUUUCUACAAAUUAACUUCCCCAUAAAUUAAUCUGAGCUUAUAACAAAAACUCUCAGAUCAUUUCUUUCUUCUUCUUAUUUUCUUGUUCAAGCACCAAUAAGACUUGCACCUAGACCUAGAGCCAACGCAUCCCCAGUUUUCGAACUUGGCGCAGAAAAGUGGUGCCUAGCGGCUUUUUGUAGUCCAUAAGCCGCAAAAUUUUGUUUUUAUUAAAUAAAAAAGAUUAUUGGAUCAUUCAUUGACAUCUUAUGUGACUGGAAGUGAGAGAGAACUUGAGGAUUCAUCAUUAGACGUUAAUAAUUGAGGGAACGGUUUUUGAAGAUUUAUGCACACUUCUUAUUCCCUGCUUCCUUUUAUUUCCUUGUUGGCUCUAUGUAUUUUCAAUUAAGUUUCUUAGAAUUAGGUUAGGAUUAACCCUAAUUCAAACCUUUUGUGAUUGAUUUGUUAUCUGAAUCCUGAAUCUUUUUAUGUGAUUUGAGUUAUUGAAUUUUCCCUUGACUCUCUUCUGGAUUGUAUUUUCAUUUUCAUUUGUAAUAGAAAGAUUAGGGUUUAAACCGUGUUGAUUCAAUAAUAGCAUAAAUCUUGCACCUAGGAAUAAGGUUAUAUUAUAUGAAUUAAUAUUCCUUUGUGAUUUCUUAACCUUGGAGCUUAUUACUGAUUAUGCUCGCCUAAGAAAUUAGGAUCCGUAAUUGGGAAAUAACGAGUGUACCUACCAAGGAAUUUAGGGUAAACUAUAUUAGAGAAAUUAAAUGUCAAUCAUAAAAUAGAAAGAGGUUUAAAGAGAAAGAGAUUAUAUUAAGGGAGAGCUAAGAGGAUUCCGAUACUUACUAAAUCUUGCCUAUUAUAUUGAAUUUUCUCUUUAAUCUUUUUGUAUUUGUUCUUCUUCUAUUUUAAUUAAAUAUCAAAAAAUAAAAUUCAAAUACAUUAUUCUUAUUUCUCAAUCAACACCAUGUACUCAAUUAGAUGCGACUUGCGUAGUUGUUAAACUAAAAUCCUUCUAGAGAUAAUAUCGUUUUUUUCUACUAUAAUACGAUUGGUACACGAACCAGUAUAUAUUCUUAAUUAACAGUAAUCCAGUCUCAAGUGACUUCAUACAGAAGAAAUAAAAUCUUUAAUCUUUGGCACACCUAGAGGUAGGUGAAUGUAAAACGUGAGUUGAUAGAUAUGCUAAUUUGUAGUCCAAACGAUUUCUUUUUCUUCUGAUGCAUAAAACAUCACUUAUAUACUCAAUCAUAUAUAGUGAAACGUCUUUGUUAAAGGUUUUAGUAUUAUAGAAGCCAAUGGGUCAAACCAAGUAGGAAGCCAGACUGUUUUAGAAUUUUUUUUUUUUGGUGUUGAAAGAAAAAGAAAAUUAUACUAUACCAAUUUAAGCAACUUAAGAAAUAAAAGUUAAGAGCAUCUGGUUCUUGCUGCUAUCAUUGUGAGAAUAAAGAUCAGAAUCAUAUCUUUUCUCAGACGCAAAUGAGAUACGGCAUUCACAACACAUUUUCUGAUUUCCCACUCAUUUAAUUUUCAGUUUCUAUUCUUUUAAUAAAGUCCUUAACUCACUGUGUGGGGUUCUCCUACGUUGGAGAAUUGAAUAACAACCUUUAGACUUGUUAAAAGUAAGCAAGCAUCUUGCAACUUUCAACCAACAGUAGGAUUGGAUUCUAUAUUUGUCUCUCUUUUUUAAAAGGAAAAAAAACAUUAAUACAUUGUCAAUUAUGUAGAACACAAUUUUCAACCAUUGGAAAAGUCUACUUAAAGUCAAGGUAAGUGGAUGAACAUAUAUGUCAACAAAGGUUGGUUCACUUAUCAAACUCGAAUAUCCUAUAAGAACGCGACUUUGAAUUCCGCUAUAGGAGAUCUUGUUGGUGGAUGAUCCCAGUGAGUCUUGAGACAUGUUGUAACCCUGGUAAAUCCCGAAGAUCUAGUACACCAUAACUUUUGAGAAUAAAAAGAAAAGUGCAAGAACUGAUAUAUACGGUGAGAGGUAAGAGCCUAGUCUGAACCACCUAUGCUGUUCAUUUCACCAUGUCUAAUGUCUAUGCCUGCAAGUCUGCAUCAUAAAAUUUGAUGCUGCUCACAUGCUUGGCCUACAGGGAAAACUACAACACCUUCAGCGAUGGAAGCUACAUCUAAAUGCAGAGGUUACAAAAAGGGUGUUUUAUUUCCCACAAGCACUUCUAUGCAUGGUUGCUAUGCCUCCAAAAAUAUCUCUAUUUCUCAGCCAAAUGGAGAAGCAAAAGCUAUCUGCAUGGGUUGCAAAGAAGAGUGUCACUGUUUAAUGCCCUCAAGAACAACCUUACACCGUUGUUCUGUGUGCCUAAAGGUUAGCAAUUCAACUUUGGGACCACAUGGUUUAAAGAAAGAAUGUGCAAUAUGCCGUCCAGUGAAGAAAAUUGGAGCCAAAUUGUUGAAACUUGGAGAUCUAGGAAGUUCAAAGAAAAAUGGAAAUUUGCUGAGUGGGUCAUUAUUACCUCCUUCAAUGCCCUCUUCUUCCUUAGCCUUGCCUAGCACUAGCAGAUAUAAUAAACGUGCGGUUCUCUGUGGAGUUUCUUACAGAAAAAGGAAAUUCAGACUCAAAGGAACCAUUAAUGACAUUAGUAACAUGAAGGAACUGCUUAUCAAGAAUUUUAAGUUUCCAAAGGAGUGCAUACGUGUCCUCACAGAACAAGAGCAGAAUGCCAAUUUAAUACCAACGAAACACAACAUAUUGGAGUCCUUAAACUGGCUUGUGAAGGACUGUCAGGCAGGAGAUUCAUUGCUCUUUUACUUCUCGGGACACGGUUUGCAACAACCAGAUUUCAAAGAAGAUGAAAUCGAUGGGUUUGAUGAGACUCUUUGUCCUGUUGAUUUUUUGAGGGAAGGAAUGAUCAUUGACAAUGAAAUAAAUUCUACCAUAGUUUGGCCACUAAAGGAAGGUGUCACACUUCAUGCUAUUGUUGAUGCUUGUCAUAGUGGAACAAUUCUUGAUCUUUUGUUUGUUUAUAAACAUGAAAGUGGCAUUUGGGAGGAUAACAAGCCCCCUUCAAAAGAACCCAUCAGAAAACAUACAAGUGGAGGAAUGGCAAUUUGUCUUAGUGCUUGUGAAGAUAGUCAGACAGCUGCUGAUAGCUCAGUUUUUGGUGGAAAGGGAAUGAAUGGUGUUCUGACUUAUCUUUUCACAAAAACAAUCAGAGAAUACCCUGGAAUAACUUAUGGGGGUCUCCUAGAAAAGAUGCAUGACGAAAUUAAAAAGAUUAACCGAAGCAGAUGCAAUAACCGCAUAUUGCAACAUAUCUUCAAUCGUAGAAUUGCACAGGAUCCUCUUUUAUCAUCAUCAGAUAAAUUUGAUGUUUCUACGACAAUGUUCAAAUUGUGAGAAUGCAAGUUCGAAAAGACAAUCUUGCUAUGAGUUAAUUGGUUGCAAGGACUUGAAUUGAGCAUUUCCACCUAGUAUAUUUUCUGAUAACUAGGAGUUCACAAAACGGCACUCCGCACUUGUAUGUACUACGUUUUAAUUCAUUGGUCUGGAUCAGUAUUUGUAUUCAAUUUCAAGCGCAGCACCAAUGGCUGUGGUAUCGUAGAAUAUCGGGAUUUUACUACACCAAAAAUGAACUUAUUAGGGUUCAUUCGAGGCCGAUUUUAAUUGUAAGUUUAAAAUUUUUUAAAACUGCAACCGGUUUUUAAUUUUAAAAUUCAGUUUAG